GUUCUUCUGUUCUUAAUCGAAGUUGUUGUUGAGCACCGGACAUCAAAAGUCAUACACAGAAUCCUCUGUUCUACACUUAGCCCCACCAAAGGGAACAAAUCCUCAUCAUCUGAAUCGACUAUCUUGUGCUCUUCAUGCCCUGUUUUCUACCUUUUCUGCUGACCCAAUUUCGUUUAUGGGUCUGAUAUGAUGUCGGCAGUAGAUUACGCCAUUGAAGAUGGCGGCACGGUCGCCGGCGAUGAUGAGAUUUUUGUAGCUGUCGGGAAGUCUGUGGGGGGAGCUACGAGUGUGCUUCAGUGGACUCUUCGUCGCUUUCCUGGUAAAAAAGUUCGUCUACUUCACGUUCAUCAUCCAUCUCUCCGGAUUCCAACUCUCUUUGGAAAAUUAGCAGCAAAUCAAGUUAAUGCGCAUAUGGUUGCUGCAUAUAGGAAGAAGGAAUGGGCAAAGACUAUCAAGAUUUUGAGUACUUAUUUAUCUAUUUGCUCUGAUGCUAAGGUGAGAGUUAGUUUUGCUGCCAUGGAAGCAGACCAUGUUGGGAAGGGUAUCGUGGAUUUGGUUGAUAAACUUUGUAUAAAGAGGCUUGUUAUGGGAACUGAAGUCAGUGUACAAGAUAACUUCAUGAAGAUCAAUAGAAGGAUGUCUAGAACAGCAGAUUACACUGCUAAAAAUGCUUCCUCCCUCUGUGAAAUAUGGUUUAUCAACAAAGGAAAGCUUGUGUCGACACGACAAGCUGCUAAAUGUCCAAGUUUUUUGAUGUCACAAAGACAACAUUCAAUGCAAAUUGCUGAAAACUUUAGUCCUUCAUCAUUUCAAUAUAGUGAUAGCGAGAACAAGUCAUUCUCAUUAGAUUUUAUUCAAUCCUGUUCCACGAGAAUCUCCAUGAAUGUCAAAAAUGGAGAAUGGAUUGAAGGAGAACUAGCUCCCUUGAAACAUGAAAUGGGUUUGUCCUCUGAGGAGGCCACUAAAAAUUUGGAAUUGCUGGCUCUAGAAGCUAUGAACAAGGCUAAAGUCAUUGAGUCUACUUGUACAUGUGAAUGCAAAUUACGACAAGAAGCUGAGUUUUCAUUAAGAACUACAAUCCAGGAGAAGGAGAAGCUCAUAUCAGAAAGAGAGCAGCUGCAGCUAGAACUUUGGAGGACACUGAAAAACAUUGCUCUUCUAGACUGUCAGACACAGAGAGUGAAACUUCGGCAGGAUGAAGCAGCUAAAGAUUUGGAGCUCAUUCAAGUAUCUGUUUCAGUUCUAUGGCAGGAGAAGCAGAAGUUCAAACAACAGAAGGCGAAAGCGUUGCAUUGGCUUGAGCAGUGGAAAAGUGGACAAGCUCAGUCUGCAAAUUGUAGAAGCUUGAUUGGAUUUGUUGAAGAAUUGCCUCAGCUGGAUGAAUUUUCAUUGUCUGAGAUACAGACCGCAACGUGUAACUUCUCCGAGAGCUUUCGGAUUGGUCAGGCGGGCUAUGAGUGUAUGUACAAGGGGGAGAUGAUGGGCAGAACUGUUGCCAUAUCUAAACUGCAUCCUCAUAGUAUGCUGCAACCAUCAGAGUUCCAGCGAGAGGCAUAUGUUCUUGGCGAAUUACGACAUCCUCAUCUGGUGACGUUGCUCGGUGUGUGUACCGAAGCCUGGUCACUAAUAUACGAGUACUUGCCGAACGGGAGUCUCCAAAACCACCUUUUUUCAAAGGGUAAGACUCCAUUGACAUGGAGAAUCCGAGCACGAAUAGUCGCUGAAAUCUCAAGUGCCCUUUGUUUUUUACACUCUUCCAAGCCUGAAAAUCUUGUCCAUGGAGAUCUUAAACCUGAAAACAUCCUUCUAGAUUCCCAACUUAGCUGCAAGAUUGGUCAUUUCGGUAUUCGCCGGUUAGUAUCUGAGGAGUUCCGCUACUUUCAAAGUCUCCCAAUGAGCACUGUGCCUAAGGGUGCUUUCUCAUACACAGAUCCAGAGUUCCAAAGAACCAAAGUGCUAACUCCUCUAUCUGAUGUCUACUCAUUUGGGCUCAUCAUUCUGCAGCUACUCACUGGAAAGCCAGCAGUCGGACUAGCUAGUGAAGUGCGAAACGCAUUAUCGUCUGGACAAUUAGAACUCGUUUUGGAUUCAUCUGCUGGAGAAUGGCCAGAAACUGUUGCUACGAGAUUGGUAGACUUCGCUCUGCAAUGCUGUGAAUUGAAGAGUCGAGACAGACCGAAUAUAACACCGGUUAUCGUUAGGGAACUGGAACAGUUAUAUGUCUCAGAAGAGAGACCAGUGCCACCUUAUUUCUUAUGCCCCAUCCUGCAGGAGAUAAUGCAGGAUCCUCAUGUUGCUGCAGACGGGUUCACAUACGAAGGCGAAGCGAUUCACUCGUGGUUGAAAAAUGGUCGUGAAACUUCACCGAUGACCAAUUUGAGAUUGAAUCAUUUGCAGGUAACUCCAAACCACACUCUGCGGCUUGCAAUUCAUAACUGGCUUUGUAAAUCAUAACUCCAAAAGGGAACA